GGUAGUGGUAACACUGUUGAGACUGCGCGUGCGCAUUUAGCGCCAAAAUUGAAUGCACGGCGCAACAGCAUUGUUGACAUUAUUGUUGUGUAAAAAGUGUUAAUAGUGGAAUUUGUAUUAAAAAGUUUUUACAGAUUAAUAGAUGCAGUCGAGCGGCACAAUGCGGUUCAUUUUAGCAAUUACGUUAUGCAGCGUCAUUCAAGGAGUACAUAUCAACUUGAGGACGAAGCCAGUUGAGAUCUUUUUGCAGCAUCCAGAUCCAGUACUGCCAACACUUCAGAUCACUGGACCUGGUGCUGAAUUCGCAAAGGUCGUGGCGAACAGUCUGCCGGCUCAAAGGCUCCCAGUCACUGGAUUUGGCGGUCCAGUUUUAGAUCCUGAUCAAAUACUGCUUGCCGGAGCACACAACAGUUUUAGCAACCCGCCGCCAGGUCUGGGUUCUGGACAGGACCCGGCUACCCAAACGUGUGGGCUCACCAGGCCCUUCUGUACCAAGUCCCGCUACCGUUCCAUAGACGGAUCUUGUAAUAACCUACUACGCCCAGCUUGGGGCACGCCGCAGACGCCUUAUGGAAGACUUGUGCCUUACAAUUAUGCUGACGGUAUAAACGCGUGGCCCCGGUCAGUGACAGGCGCACCGUUGCCAAAUCCUCGUGAGAUCAGCUUAAGGUUGUUCCCUGACAGGCAGCUCAUCGAUCCUCUGUGGAACUUGAACGCCCAGCAAUGGGGACAGAUUAUAACACACGACAUGUCCUUGACAGCUGGCGUGGCGCAGUCCCAUAAGGAUCAAAUAACGUGCUGUACGGACAACGGGCAGCUUGCAGCUGACGCGCCUACCAAUCCUUUCUGUGCGCCCAUCAUCGUACCUCCAAACGACCCUGUGCACGCCUCUCAAGGGACUCAGUGCUUUAACUUCGUGCGGACCACUACAACCAGAGAUAGAGGAUGCACCGCGCCCAAUGCACCUGCUGAACCGUCUAACAUGCAUUUGGAAUGGAAUUUUAGCAACCCGCCGCCAGGUCUGGGUUCUGGACAGGACCCGGCUACCCAAACGUGUGGGCUCACCAGGCCCUUCUGUACCAAGUCCCGCUACCGUUCCAUAGACGGAUCUUGUAAUAACCUACUACGCCCAGCUUGGGGCACGCCGCAGACGCCUUAUGGAAGACUUGUGCCUUACAAUUAUGCUGACGUAUUCAGCCAAGACGCAACAACGUAA